AUGGAUGCAAUGAUUAUAAGCGAGGAAAAAAGUGUGAUGACUUUGAAGGUGGAGGACGAAAAGAUGAAGGAUGAGAUUGGGAGCGAUGAUUGGGAGAUUAUAGAGCUUGAUGUGGUGAAGCUUCUCGCAGAGCACAUUCAUUCCUACGAUAUUUGCAGGAAAGGAUUCAAGCGCGUUGCGAGUCUGUGGAUGCACAUGCGAGCCCACGGGAAUCGGUUCAAGACGCGGGAGGCUGUGGCGAAACCGGAGAGGUGUUCGUCGGAGUUUAGUCGGAGGAAGACUCGAUUUUUUUGUCCUUUCGUAGGGUGUAAUCGAAACAAAUCGCAUAAAAAGUUCAGGCUAUUGAAAUCAGUGAUUUGCGUGAAAAAUCACUUCAAGAGAAGUCAUUGUCCGAAGAUGUACUCUUGCAAUUGCUGCAACAAGAAGAGUUUCUCAGUGUUGGUUGAUUUGAAAAGCCACUUGAAGAAUUGUGGGGAGUCUAAGUGGAAGUGCUCUUGCGGAAAUGAGGUUUGA